CGGGCAGAUGCGACGCCGCGCACCCCUCGCCCCGGGCCCGCCACCGCGCUCCGCUGCGCGGCGGGGGCUCCUCUCUCGGCCCCCCCUGGGCGCCCUCCGGCUGCGGUUCCUGCCCGCUCCUUGGAAUAACCCCUGAGGCUCCAGCCGUCGCCGCAAAGUUUCCCGAGGAGACCCGCCUCCUGGCCGCAGCGCAGGUGAGGAGGCAGCAGUGGGGGAAAAGGACUCCUUUUUGGACAGACAAGACCGGGGGUGAAGCAGGAAUAACCUGUCCCCCCCCUUACCUCCCCAGCAACAAAACCUCUCUACAAACAGGUGCAGCCAAGCGGGACUGAGCCCCUACCACCCCCACCCCAAGCAUCUUCCCAAAAAGGGCCUGUGGGGCCUGACAGCUCAGCAGCGCAUGUCAGCAGCUCAGCCCCGCGGUGAACAUCUGAACUCCUCAGCGGUAAUGGACCCCCUCGGUCCCCCCGGAGACGCAGCCUGAGUGGCAGGAAUACCGAUUCUUUGGAGAGUGGCUCCCUCUCAGCUCUGUCACACAAGAACACUCUCUGUACCGGAGCCCAUUCUGCCAAGUGAUUUAAAAGGAUUAAAGAAAAAAAAGAAACUUGGUAAAGAAAAGGGGGUAAAAGCCACACAGAAGUCUUUCGGAAGAGGAGGUGGCGGCCAACAGACAAAAGGGUGAAAGUUGAAAGAGGGCAGCGAGAGGCCAAGCUCCGGGAUGGGCGCCAGGCCAUAGGGCAUGCCUGGGGAGCGGGGGCCCAGAACACGCUCAGGCCGCGCACAGGAGUCCCGGGGCCGCAGGGGGACGCCUCUGCAGGCCCCAUUUGGGCAGAGAGGCCAGCAGUGCGCAAGGCCUGGGGCGCGGAGGAUGCUCCACACCCACAGCCACGUCUGACCGAGAGGAACCCAGCAGAGCGAGCACAGGAUCCCUUCCCUGCACUUGGGGGCAUCCCCAGCGCCUCCCAGCUUCCUAGGUCUGCAGUCUGCACCCUAAGUGCCAAGGCCACUGGCCAGAAUGUGAGCACGGCCCAGGCCCCCUUGGACCUGAGCACAGCAUCCAGAGCAGUGACCCCAGCAAGACCCAGCAGGCUCCAGAGCUGCAGUGAAGGAGGUGUUGAGGCCCCGACUUUCCCAGCCAUCCACCAUGGUGGUGGCACACCCCACCGCCACCGCCACCACCACGCCUGCCGCCACAGUCACGGCCACCGUCGUGAUGACCACGGCCACCAUGGACCUGCGGGACUGGCUGUUUCUCUGCUACGGGCUUAUCGCCUUCCUGACGGAGGUCAUCGACAGCACCACCUGCCCCUCGGUGUGCCGCUGUGACAACGGCUUCAUCUACUGCAACGACCGGGGACUCACCUCCAUCCCCGCCGACAUCCCCGACGAUGCCACCACCCUGUACCUGCAGAACAACCAGAUCAACAACGCGGGCAUCCCCCAGGACCUCAAGACCAAGGUCAACGUGCAGGUCAUCUACCUGUACGAGAACGACCUGGACGAGUUCCCCGUCAACCUGCCCCGCUCCCUGCGGGAGCUGCACCUGCAGGACAACAACGUGCGAGCCAUCGCCAGGGACUCGCUGGCCCGCGUCCCACUGCUGGAGAAGCUGCACCUGGACGACAACUCCGUGUCCACCGUCAGCAUCGAGGAGGACGCCUUCGCCGACAGCAGGCGGCUCAAGCUGCUCUUCCUCAGCCGGAACCACCUGAGCAGCAUCCCCUCGGGGCUGCCCCGCACGCUGGAGGAGCUGCGGCUGGACGACAACCGCAUCUCCACCAUCCCGCUGCACGCCUUCAAGGGCCUGGACAGCCUGAGGCGCCUGGUGCUGGACGGCAACCUGCUGGCCAACCCACGCAUCGCCGACGACACCUUCAGCCGCCUGCACAACCUCACCGAGCUCUCGCUGGUGCGCAAUUCGCUGGCCGCCCCGCCCCUCAACCUGCCCAGCGCCCACCUGCAGAAGCUCUACCUGCAGGACAACGCCAUCAGCCACAUCCCCUACAACACGCUGGCCAAGAUGCACGAGCUGGAGCGCCUGGACCUGUCCAACAACAACCUCACCACGCUGCCCCGCGGCCUAUUCGACGACCUGGAGAACCUGGCCCAGCUGCUGCUGCGGAACAACCCCUGGUUCUGCGGCUGUAACCUCGUGUGGCUGCGGGACUGGGUGAAGGCGAGGGCGGCCGUAGUCAACGUUCGAGGCCUCAUGUGCCAGGGCCCCGAGAAGGUCCGGGGCAUGGCCAUCAAGGACAUCACCAGCGAGAUGGACGAGUGCUUUGACACCGGGUCGCAGGGUGGGGCAGCCAACACCGCUGCCAAGACCACGGCCGGCAACCACGCCUCUGCCACCACACCCCAGGGCUCACUCUUCACCCUCAAGGCCAAGAGGCCGGGGCUGCGCCUCCCUGACUCCAACCUUGACUACCCCAUGGCCACGGGCGACGGCGCCAAGACCCUGGUGAUCCACGUGAAGCCCCUGACGGCAGACUCCAUCCACAUCACAUGGAAGGCCACACUCCCCGCCUCCUCCUUCCGGCUCAGCUGGCUGCGCCUGGGCCACAGCCCGGCCGUGGGCUCCAUCACGGAGACCCUGGUGCAAGGGGACAAGACAGAGUACUUGCUGACGGCCCUGGAGCCCAAGUCCACCUACAUCAUCUGCAUGGUCACCAUGGAGACGGGCAACACCUACGUGGCCAACGAGACACCCGUGUGCGCCAAGGCGGAGACGGCGGACAGCUACGGCCCCACCACCACGCUCAACCAAGAGCAGAAUGCCAACCCCAUGGCCGGCCUGCCCCUGGCGGGCAUCAUUGGUGGUGCCGUGGCCCUCGUCUUCCUCUUCCUGAUCCUGGGGGCCAUCUGCUGGUACGUGCACCGAGCCAGCGAGCUGCUGACACGGGAGCGGGCCUACAACCGGGGCAGUCGGAAAAAGGACGACUACAUGGAGUCGGGGACCAAGAAGGAUAAUUCCAUCCUGGAAAUCCGAGGCCCCGGGCUGCAAAUGCUGCCCAUUAACCCUUAUGGCACCAAAGAGGAGUACGUGGUCCACACCAUCUUCCCCUCCAAUGGCAGCAGCCUCUGCAAGGGCACGCACACCAUCGGCUACGGCACCACCCGGGGCUACCGUGACGGCGGGAUCCCCGACAUAGACUAUUCCUACACAUGAGGGCCCGCCGGGUAUGCCCGCCCCAGCUCCCGCCUCCUCCUGAUGUGGCGACCCCAUGGCUUUGCCCAGCCUGCUGCCGUCCGACAGAGCAGGGAAAAGAAACUCCACGACAACUUUCCCAGCAAAAAGCAGUUUGGGGAGGGUUGACAAUUUUCUAGAACACCACAGUGAAAAAAAUUUUUUUUUAAAGAAUAGAAAGCAGGAGGAGUAUUUGACGUUAUACCAAAUUAUGCCAGUUGGGGAGGGAAGAACUAAAAAUAAUAUUGCAGUAAGGGUUGGGUCGGGGUUUUUUUUUUUCCUGAACUGGAAAGAUACUACCUGUACAACGUCUGUGUACGCCUCAUGCUCUGUUCAGGACCAUCAUAAAAGGACCGUCAGAGAGAAGCAGCCGAUACGCGAAGCCCCCACGCAGCUCUCACUGCCGCCUGCUCGCUGGCAAAGACGUGAUAGAAGAUUUUCAGGCUCCUCACAAAGGAGAGGGGGAAGAAAAGAUCUUUUGCUAUGGAGAUAUUGUCCUGAAAUCUCUUUCCUGGUUCUUUCCAUACCGUUUCCCUUCCAGAUUUUCAGAAAUAUUGCGCCUUUCACUGCAUUCUUUCAACAAUGAUAUAGCCAAUUAAAAAACAAACUUUCUUUUUCCUAUCCUGAGACCCUCUUCAAUUCCAUGCACCAUCCUCUGUGGAAGCCUCAUGGAAGCUGCGGCUUUCCCGGCCACUUGGAGAUGCAUCUAUCUACCUGUCUAUCUCUAUCUAUGUCAUGUCUAAAUACAGACUGGUAGGUAGAGCCAAACAGAUGGUCCUUACAGCACUUCUUGGGUCAGUUCAUACCAUUUCCUGAGACAAUAGAGUUGCGAAAACGUUGUUUUCUCCUAGCAAUCAUUGAGUAAGUAGACAUAGUGUGUUGGGGAUGGGAGUGGGGUGGGGGACAACGCUGUUCGUAAAGGUGGAGGUGUGUCUGUCCUGGACAGGUGGCUGGGGGGACCCUGGGCAAGGGGGACUUUCAGCUCGAUCCUAUCUCAGGUCGGCCAGAGCUGAGCGCACUCCUUUCUGAUGAUAUGGAGAAACUUCUUUUGACUGCCAGUGUCCUCACCUCCCUCACCCCCACAUUCAGUCACUCAGUAGCGACUUUCUCUUUGCUCUAUGCUGCCUCCUGGGACAGGAGAUUGGCACAGGGAUGGGUUUUGGGUUUUGUUUUGUGUUAAUAUCAGCUGAUUAGACCUAAUGGUUUCCAUGGCUGCUCAAACAAAGCCCAGAAAAAGACACGAAAAUUCUCAGAAAAGCCCUGGCAGCUAGCACCCCCAAAUACAGAACACUCAGCGUGCCCACCCUUGGAGAUGGAAGCCCAGAUCACCCUCCGAACAUGCCAGCCUCCAAAAGGGUACUGACCGGAGCCCUCAGAAGAGUAAAGAUUUUAUUUCCUCCCUCUGGAGCCAACGUUGUCAUCAUUUAUCAACUGACAGUACAGUGUGACGAGCCAUGAGAUUACAACGAUGAUGAAAUAAUGACAGCAAAUCUGGAAAGAAGAGAGGAGAGGUGCCUGGGGUUUGGGUAUCUCCUGCGUCCCAGCACUCGGGGGACCCUGGUUACCAUCCAUCAACGUGCCACCUGUCCUGCGCCGAGCAAGAGUCAUGUCAAAGGAGAGAUGCUGGUCUGAGGACAGAGAGGACGAGAAGAGGUCCAACUCCUGGCAGCGGCGUUUUCAAAAGGCCUCAACUGCUUUGACAAAAGCCAAAGGCGGGAGGACAAGACUAACAGCAGUCGCAGGGCUGCCAUGACAGGCCCGGGACUGGCCACCCACAGGACAUGAGAAGAUGCUACUGGCAGCCUUCAGUGAAUGGGGCGCUUUGAAAGAAAUGGACACAACAGCUGCAUGAGAGCAGUGGAGAGGAGACAUGGGCUCUCCACGGCCUGGCCAAAUGGACAGUCUCACCAAACGGAGACUCCCAACUCUCGAGCCCCAGGGAGAGGCCAAGGGCAUGGACCCAUCUCAUUCUAAAACAAGCCUUUUCUCCCUUUUCCCACUUGAAUCAUUUUCUCAUACAGUGAGGUCAGGAGAGAAAUUUUUCCCAGCCUUAAUUUCACGUCUGUGUAAAGACGGCCCUCCCUUUGGCCUGCAGUGGCCCCAGACACAGGGUCCGUUCCCGGCAGCUCAGGGAGGAGGAGAGGGUGCAGCAGGAUGUGUGGGGCAUUGGCUGGGGCACAGAAGUCCAAGGUCUCUGCUGUUUCUGAAAAGAGGGCCCCUCCCUCACAGCACCACUCCUGCCUUCUGUCAGUGUCCCAGGAAAAUCAGUCCCUGGCCACCGUACCACUGGCCCCCAAGUCCCCUCUGCCCACAUGCUCAGUUCCCCAGCUCACUCUAGGUCCUCCUUUCUCCUUUCUCCUUUCCCCAUGACAGGCAGAGGUCAGAUCAUCCCCGUAGAGGCGACAAAGGCAUUUGGGGAACAGCAGGUGGCCCGAUGCCGAGGGCUGUGGGGGAGAACCUUGCCACCAGUGCCCUCCAAGACCAGGCCUAGGGAUGAACUUUCCUCCCCCAGAGCACAAAGCGGGCCCAAGCAGGAUGACAUUGGUCACCAGCUCGCGGCUCCUGCACUAACUAAGCUCAGGCAAGGCUCAC